AAAAGUCGAUUGACGUUUGACUUUGACGUCAAAAUUCAUUCGAAGUUGAAACUGGUAUUGGAGCGGGAAUGUGGAAAUCUCGUUUGUUGAUUCCAAGUGAUUGUACCUGAGUGAUACCGCGGCCUUAUAAAUAAAUUUCGCCGAUCACAAUGCCGCCAAGUAGCUUACGAGUAGUGUACGCGUUCGCAAGAGAAAUGCACCCAAAAACGAGUGAUGUUUUUAUUCAAUACGGGACAGCCGGAUUCCGCACAAAAGCCAAUCUAUUGGAACAUGUCGUAUACCGCAUGGGACUCCUGGCUGUCAUACGAUCCAGAGUCAAAAAUGGUCGCACAAUAGGCAUGAUGAUCACAGCCUCUCACAAUCUGGAGCCAGACAACGGCGUGAAGCUGGUCGACCCUGACGGCGAGAUGCUGGAGCAGAGCUGGGAGGAGAUCGCUACUAGGCUGGCUAAUGUCAGUGAUAAUGAUUUAGAAUCAACAACCGAACAAGUAAUCAAGGAGGUGAAUGCUGAUAUGUCUCUCAAAGCCAGUGUUUUCAUUGGCAUGGACACCAGAUACACGAGUCCUCGCCUGGCAGCGGCGGCGGCGAAUGGCGUGAUAGCAUUGAAGGGAACACCUAAAGAGUUCGGUAUCGUCACCACGCCCAUGUUACACUUCUGUGUCAAGUGCAGGAAUGAUAACACUUAUGGUACUCCCACUGAAGAAGGUUACUACGAGAAGAUAGUGGGUGCUUUCAAAAAUAUCCGUCAGAAGUUACCUGUGACCGGCGACUACAACACCACGCUGUACGUAGACGGCGCCAACGGCGUCGGCGGCAAGAAACUCAACAUCAUCAAGAAGAGCUUGGGCGGAGAACUUGACUUGAAGCUAUUUAACUUAGGAGGAAACGGAGGAAAGUUGAAUUUAAAUUGCGGCGCGGACUACGUGAAAGUCUCACAAAAGCCUCCCGUGGGAGUCGAACACGUGCCUUUCCAGCGCGUGGCCUCGCUCGACGGCGAUGCCGACAGGAUCAUAUACUACUACCUGGAUGACAAAGACAACACGUACCUGCUGGACGGGGACCGCAUCGCGACGCUGCUGGCGCGCCACAUCCGGCAGCUGCUGGCGGCGGGCGGCGCGCCCGCGCUGCGCCUGGGGCUCGUGCAGACCGCCUACGCCAACGGGGCGGCCACUACGUACAUCACUGACGAACUGAAAAUACCAGUGACAUGUGUAAAGACGGGCGUGAAGCACUUACACCACGCGGCGCUCGCGUACGACAUCGGCGUGUACUUCGAGGCCAACGGACACGGGACCGUCGUGUACAGCGACAACGCCAAGAAAACCAUCGCCAGGAUAGCGAGGGAGGGUGAACCCGAGCAGCGUGAAGCGGCCGACCUCCUGCUGAACUUCAUCGACAUGACCAACGAGACGGUGGGCGACGCCAUCUCCGACCUGUUCCUGGUCGAGACCGUCCUGUGCGCGCGCGGCCUGUCCGCCGAGGCCUGGCGGCUGGCCUACCGGGACCUGCCCUGCAGGCAACUCAAAGUCACCGUGCAGGACCGCAACGCUAUAUCAACAACAGACGCGGAACGCAAAUGCACGUCCCCCGAGGGCCUGCAGUCCCGUAUCGACGCGCUGGCGGCCGCACACCAGGACGGGAGGGCCUUCGUGAGGCCCUCCGGGACGGAGGACGUCGUCAGGGUGUAUGCUGAGGCUGAUACGCAGGCGAACGCAGACAAACUAGCGGCGGAAGUAGCACAAGCUGUGUUUGACUUAGCCGGCGGCGUCGGGGCCCGUCCAGAGCUACCCGCGUAGAUAUAACAUAUACACGAUACAACAACUGGAGUCUACGCUCAAUACAUAAAGACAAAACAGAAUCUAUUGUGUUAAACUUAAGGUACAUUCUUGUGAUACACGAUAGAUUGCACUUACAACCUUCAGGAAGAGAAUUAUCAUGAGAUCAAUUAUCAUGAGUCUAAGCUCAAUAUAGACGAAAAUGUAAUCUAUUGUAAUAACGUUGAGGUGCAUAUUUGUAUGUGAAUUAAACAGUUGAGUGUUGAUAUAAUUUUGUGACGUCACAGUCUAUUACUUGUUUACGGUAUUUAAAAUGCCAAACAAUUUGAUAGUUGAGAUCUGUUUGAUCAAUAGCGUUAUUAUAAUAUGUUUAAAAAGUAUUCAAAAGAAUUGAGGUUUGACGUGAACAUACAUAAGUAAUUUACUGUCCAGAACAUUGGCGGUUUUAGACAUUUUAAAAUAUUGAGAUUAUAUACUUUAUGACUCCAUGUAAGUGAAUAAAUCUAACAGAAUCUAUCACAAUUAAUAUUAUAUUGCCUUAAGAAUUAUGUUCAGCUGAUUCCAAAUUGGCCGGAAAAGCUCGUAUAUCUAAAGUGUUAAAUAAAUUAAUUUAAAUAUAUCUUAAAGCGACGGAAUUGUUGAUAAAUCAUUUUUUUAACAUUAUUUUAAUCGAAACUCAAUCGCAGAGCGACUUUAUAUUUUUCUUUAAUUAAUCGAAAAAUAAUAUACAAUUAAUUUUUAAUAAUUAACUGUAAUGCGUUUUAACAUUGUGCGUAAGACAUUAUGGCUUUUAUGACCAGUAAUUUUGUAUCUUUCGUCUAUACUAAUAAUUUAAGAGAUUUUAAAUAGCAGGUGUGAGGGUUCCUGUACGUCGGCUUCUACAACUGCAAUAAUUUAACUUUAUGACUUGUGUUGGCCCUUUGCUAGUGAAGAUAAUCCAUUAGCAUUUAAAAAAAAAACAAAAUGUUGCUCUUGGGUGUCAUGUUGUCUUUUUCAAAUUAUCUAUCGAGUGUGUGACAGUAGAUGAAGAGAUAUUUUAGAACAUCAUUUGGCUUAAGCAUAUGGCUAUAAGUCUCCUAUGUUUAAAGCAAUAUUCAUUAAUAAAACCUAAAUGUUUCAUUGAAAAUUUUACGCACUUUGUUAAAUCGCAAAUUAUAUGAUAGUUUUUCAGUUAUUUCUAUACAACGCACUACUAGUCUUGUUAGGUUUAGGUGCGGAUCAUUUUGGACCAAUCAAAUGCGUAAUUAUUUGAGGUCAAAUGUUGGCAACACUGCUGUUUUGUUACCAUAAAUAAACAGCAAUUUUUAUUUUGUGAUAAAGCUACCCAUUCAAUUAUAAGGCAUGCAUUCAAGACAACCAUAGAAAAUAUAUAAAUUUUUUUUAUUAAUAAUUUUGUUAAACAUUUGUCCCAUAAUAAUUACGUGGCUUACAUGACUUUAUUUAAUUGUUAGGCUCUCUUGCUCACAACAGUGUACCUAGGUGCUACUGAGAUAUGUUCAAAAAACUAUACUAAAAAAAACUGAAAUUGAUUCUGCUCAUAGUUUAUACGAAAAAUAUUUACUAUAACGCAUUUAAAAAGCUUGAAAAAUAUUUUUGAAAGUAGCUCUACUUUAUUUAAAUGCGUUUGCUGGAAUUAAAACAGAAAUAUAUGUAGUAAAGCAACUUUCGAACUAACUGCUCAUUAAAAAAUAAUCUUUAUUAUAUAAGACUUUGUCCAGUAAAAUAAAUGUAGUAGAUAUAAUCCACGCAUGCAUUUUCAUUGUACCCUAACACUGCCCGUAGCAUAGAUCACUUAGAACAAUCACUAUAUUGUAAGUAGAAUAUCUGGAAUUAAUUAUUAUUCAUGAUAUUUAUAUUUACACUUCUGGCCAAAAUUAGAGGCACCACUAUUUGGGUUGACGAUAUCUGGAUCUAACGUGUAAGCGAAUGUUAGAUAUCAAAGUUUUACGAUUUUAUUCUAGCUUCUUUCUUCUUGAUGAUUCUUUAUUUAAUCUAAAACAAAACAUAAAUAUUUAAUGCGAUUAAAGCCCUUCUAAAAUAACUGAAAUUUACUUCAAAUGUGCAAACGAAGGUAAAAAAAUAUAUAAUAAUAAUAAAUAAAUUGUGUGCUUCCCUAAUUUUGUCCUGAAGUGUUAUUUAUGUGUUUUUGACUGUCUUAUUUAGACUGGAUUUAAAUAUCUUAAUAUUUGAAGACAUUUAUUAACCUUGGUAAUAGUUAAAUAUAUUGUAUAAAAUAAUAUAUUUAAUAGUAAAAAUAUUACUGUAAAUAAGAAAUUACUAAAUACUUGUCUAUUCAAACUUGAAUUUUAGUCUAACUACGAACAAACCGCUUAUUUUUAUAUGUGGACCAAUUUAGUUUGACUUACUUGCAAAUUGAGCUUUUUAUCGCGUCACAAAUAUAAUAAGAAUAAUUUUGAAAUCUCCCAUAUUCUUUUAUUUUACUCAACAUUUUAAAAAGUACACCAUAAAGUAAAUAGUGGAUAGGAACAGAAAACUGAAAUCAUUUGUUUUAGAAAAAAAUGUUCUAAAAAUACUGUCCCAUAAUGAAUACGUAACUAUAUUGUUGUCUUACUUACUCAUGGCUUGAUAAGAAUAAGUGUGACCGAGAUAGUAAAUAUAAAUUCAAGAUGAUUAUGUACUUCUUUUUGUUUCCUUUUUUUACCAUUUAAUACACUGAAUGUGCUUCUUGCGGAAAUCGAAUAACAAUUCGCACUGCCGUUGCAAAACUAUACCACUCAUGUAUAGAGCAGAAAAAUAGCUAUAUAAUAGCAGUAAGACUUCAUAGUAAAAUAUGUUAAAAAUCAUGGAACAUAUAUUCGUAAAUGUAUGUGUAAAUGUCUAAAUAAGUCUAUAAAAAUGUCUUUAAAUGUAAUUCAUAGUUCUAAAAUGGGAAAGGAUAUAAUUUAAAGUCGUUGACGUUACUUCGUAAGCAUUGAUGUAUGGAAACCCUCGAUACAUAUAACGAGUAUUAGAAAUUCAACCUUACGUGCAUGUCCUAAAGUUGUUUUUACGAUGCUAGCAUAUUUGAAAAUACGUUUUUCAAAAUCAGGUUUAGACUGGAAUACUUUGCAUCCAGGGUUUAUACAUCAAUGUUGCUAUAUGAAUAAAAUAUGGAUGGAAUUGUGAUACGACUGAUCGGAAGAGUGUAAUGUAUAAAUAUUUUUGUGAAAUUCUAUCGUGUUCAGGCAUUUAGCGUUAAAGUAAAAUAGAUUUCUCAAUUCUUAUUGUGAUUAGAUUAAGCAUUUCGGCUUGUAUGUAAGGUACAACUAUACAAAAUGAUUCGCAGAAGGUUCAUGGUAAAAAAGAUUAUGGCAAAUAAUUAAUCUGAAUAAAAUAUCAUAAACUGACAAAUUGUUUUGUCGAAGCAUCAAUAAAUAGUUAAUAUGGUCAAUAUUAAAUUUAAUCUGUUCGUUUUCUGUGGCAUCAUAGCUCCCGAACGGAUAGAACGGUUUGAAUUUUGUUUCGUUUGUAUUAAAUAAUAAUUGUGGCCGAGUGUUCGUAGAUAUGUUCGAUAUAAUUCGGUCAAGCCAGUCAUAAGUUUUUGGGGGUAUUUUUUUUUACUUUAGGGUCUUUAAUUUUUAAGUUUCAUCUUGCUGAUGAUUUAUUAUUGGCUCCUAUAGUAAGAUAAAGCUCUAUAGCUGUAAUUCUUAGAUAUCUUGAUGUUUUGAUACCAACUUACACUACUUUACUUUUUAGACGAUUCUCGAUUCUUGAGUCACAAAAUCGGAACCUUCUGCAAAUAUUUUGUAUAACGACAGUGAAUUGAAAAUGCUCAAUAUAAUUUGAUAAACGUUACGUGCCGAGCUGUUUAUAUUUUGCGCACUAUUUUAAAUCGAAUAAAUAAUAUUCGGCAAUCAAUCACAAUAUUUUUAUACUGCUCAUUUUGAUUUCGUAUUGCUAUAGAUAUAAGUUGAUAAGCGAGUUAUCUAGCUGUGACUAAAGUAUCGCGAAUUCAGGUCGAAGGAAUAAGAAAUAAUGUUUUAAAUGCUCGUUUUUUAUCUACAUUUAGCGGUACCUAAUUAGCUACUGAAGACCUAUGUGACCUUAAAGAGCAUUAAAAUUUACACAAAUUUCUGCUGAUUGCUCUUAAAUAAAUAUUUUUAAGUGAGGUAGUACGUUAAUAAUAGAAUUCUCCUAGUUUUUUUAACUUUUUACUGAGAGUUCAACCUAAAGUUGCUCACACAGUAAAUUAUAAUAACAUAAAUUUGGAUAAAACUGACCCACAGAAUUAAAAUACAAGUUUCACAACUAGUAUUACAAAACAAGUACUGUCGAAGGUCAAAACACUUGUUUAUUUGCGAAAAUGUUUUCGUAAUAAACACGAAAAUACCAAGGAUAUCGUCCGAUAAAGUUACGAUAACAAAUGUUCGUGUCAUAAGAUUGACAGGUAUUGAUAACUCAAGCUUAAGAAACUAUGUGACUUGGGAAACGUAACGCUCUGAGGAAAAUGUUCAACGUAAUCAACAAAGAUAUACCUAGUGAUCCAUACGGUCGGUAUUACGUGUUUUUUUAAAACAAAGACAGUAAUUCUUACAACGUAUUAUUACGUGCUAAUUUUGUUGUAGGUUUGCUUUAGUAAACAUGCGUAAUACUCACUCCUUGUAUAAAAUAUCGUUACUCGUUUCUAUUAUAGAUGUUUAAAGAAUCAUCUCAUUUAAUCAACUCGGCCUAUGGCAGUCCACUGCUGGAAAUAGGCCCCCCUCAGUUGCUCCACAAAGCUACCUUUUUUAGGUCAUCGGUCCGAUAGUAGUGUAUAAUCUCGUGUAAAUACAGAUAAUUCUAGAAAUAAACAUUAUAUUCAACAAAUUCUUGGAAAACCACGUUAUAAAGAUCUAGGAUUUUUUGUCUAUGAGAUAAUCCAUUACUCAUUAAAUUACGAUUUUAACAAGCAAUUUUCAUCCUUAUUGCAUUUAUAGUUCAAAUCAGAUAUUGCAGUACAUUAAGUGCAAUGUACCCACACUCCUUCGUCAUGCCUACUUAAAUAAACAAUGUUUACCAUACCAUAUUCAUAGAUACAAUCAGCAGGCAUAGUUUAUAAAAGGUUUAACAGGAGUUUUUUAAUGUAAACUCCUUGCCAUGAUGAAUCAUAUUAUUUUAAGUCGUUUUGUUUCUACAAAUACCACUUCACUUAAAUUCCAUAGUGGCAAGGAAUGUCUUAUACAGUUGAGAUAAAUGUAAUCUACCUUAUUUGCUGACUGUAGUUCAAGUGUUUUCGUAUUAUUUUCCUCGGGACUUAAGAUUAAUGUUUCAUAAUAUUAAAAUGUGGUCAAGGAAAAAUGUUGGAAAAACCUUUGCCUUAUUUUAGCAUUUUAGCCUGCAUGUUGUGACUGCUCUGCAAAUAUUCUCAAAAUGAAUGUAAUGUGUGCAAUUGUUAAUGUGUGUACCAUUUAGUUUAUGCUGCUGUUAUAAUUCAAUAAAUCAAUUAAUUAAUACUA